CAGCGGCCGCGACCACGGCGGUGGAGACAGCUGGGAGCCUUCUCAGCUCCAAGAACCUUGUUUCCAGUCCCCGGACCGUCAGCUGGCCGCCCCGCCACGCCACCUCCCUUCCAGCACCACCCCUUUGGGAACUGAGCCAGGGGGGCAGCAGUCGCGGCGGCGGCUGGCACCGCAAACCAGCCUUACCUCGUUACGUCUGCGGGGAGAGGUAGCGACAGCCCGCCCGGCCAGCCAGAGGCAGCGAGAGGAGGGAGGGGAGGGGCGCGGUGAGGGUGGGGGCCGAGAGCCGGCCGAGGCCGCCCUGGGUGGGGGCAGCGGGGGCAGAGCUGCCGAGAAGACCCGGCAGCCGCCCUCCUCCCACUGCCCAGGCGCGGGGGCUCAGGGCCGGCCCCCCGGGAAGGAGGAGGAGGAGGAAGAGGAGGAGGAUCAUGAAGCCCGGAGUCGCGACCGCGCCGGACGGCGGGCAGCAGCCAGAGGACGAGCCCGAGCAGCCCCGCCCCGGAGACACCCGGACGCCGAUCAGCAGUCGCCUCUGCCGCCUCAGCAGCAGCGGCGGGCGAGGGCAGACCCCGAGCAGGAGGAGGAGGGCGACAACGACCCAAAGGAGGAAGAGGAGAAGAGUUCAGAAUCAGUGACUCACACUUCUCAGUUGAGAGCAAUUUAUUUGCUGCUUGGAGGGGGUGUAAGAAGAGCCAGUAAGAAAGGAGAUAUUCCUUCUGUAACACAGAAACACUGUGGACCCCCAGUCCCAUCCCAUCCACCUCUUCAAAGACUCUGUCUGCUGGUCUUGGGUUCUCUUCUUUCCUUGCACAUGCUGAUGCCCCUGGGUGGGCUGCUCUGGUGGUGGUGGUGCUGCUGUGGCUGGUACUACUGUGGACUGUGCACACCAGUUCCCCAGAUGUUGCGCCACCAGGGUCUCCUCAAGUGCCGCUGCCGCAUGCUCUUCAAUGACCUGAAGGUUUUCCUCCUGCGGCGCCCCCCUCCAGCGCCCCUGCCCAUGCACGGCGACCCCCAGCUUCCCGGCUUGGCAGCCAACAACAACACCCUUCCGGCUCUGGGUGCCGGGGGGUGGGCAGGCUGGAGGGGCCCUCGAGAAGUAGUGGGCAGGGAGACCCCUCCUCUGCCACCUCCACCACCUUUGCCACCUUCUGUGGAAGAUGACUGGGGUGGCCCAGCCACAGAGCCACCUGCCUCGCUGCUCAGCAGUGCCUCUUCAGAUGACUUCUGUAAGGAGAAGGCUGAGGAUUGCUACUCAGUAGGCAGUAGCUUGGACAGUGGUAUGAGGACUCCACUCUGCCGUAUCUGUUUCCAGGGACCAGAACAG